CAUCGCAUUUGCAUUGCCUGCCUGCCGACUCUUUCCCACCAGCCUCCUACUUCUUCUUCACACCAAAGGCAGAGCCAACCAACCAACUUCCCCUCCGUUCCUUCAGUUCAUCCGCUCCCUCCCCCAUUUCUAUUCCGAGUGGACCGGCAGAACGAUCCAUCCAUCGAUAUAUUUAGCUGUGGAGAGAGGCGCAGGGCGCGCGUCUGAUUUAGGUGCAGCUGAGAUCUUGUUGUGAGAGUUUGGUGAGGAUAUGCCGACCGGAACGAUGAGGAGCAUGUUCGUCGAGUCGUCGUCGUCGUCGUCGGGGAGCGGCAGGGAUAGCAGGGAGCCGGAGCCGGUGCUGUGCGCGCCGCGCCCCCGGAGGGCGCAGGUUCAUCCCUGCAGCGCCGACCUCAUCCUCGGCCCGCCUCCCUUCCUUCUCAACUCCUCCGGCAACACCAAAAAGCAGAGAGAAGGGAAGAGCAAAACGGCCGAGCACGACGAAGAGGAAGAAGGAGGCUGGUCGCUGUUCGGCGGGUCGCCGCCGGCGCGCGCGGACAACCCGCUGGUCCACGACCCGCACUUCCUGCUCAACCAGCGCCACCACCACGCCGCCGCCGCCUCGGACAUCAGCCAUGCGGUUUUUGACAGCCACCGCAACAACCACCACGUCCCCACCUACAGCAAUAGCACUAGCCAUAGCAGCAGUUUUGCCCCGUCGUACGCGCCGGCGGUGAGGAUCCAGGGCUUCGAAGUCUCUUCCUGCCGGAGCUCCCACAACGGCAGCAGCAACGGCGGGGGCCGCGUGCUCUCCGCCCGCGCCUGAGCCCGACCGGUCUCCGGCACGGCAGCCGACAGAUCCCGAAGGGAGAGUGAAGCCAGCACCGUCCUCAUCAACCCUGUACAGUUUUCGCCGGCCGCGUAUGUACUUCUAGUUACGUGUGUUCCUUGUGGUAUAUACAUACGGGUCUAAUUAACAUAAAGAUGGAUAGAGACGAAGGUCCAAGACUAAGUUAAGAAGAAGAAGAGUAGUUGAUCGUCCACACAUAAGAAGAGGAUCAAAAGGAAUAGAGAGUUUUUUACUGGAUUAGGUUUUAUUUGUGUUAUGUUUUGUAGAUAUCAUGAGCGUCAGUCAAUCUUGUUCUGAGAGUCAGCCCCGGAUGAUAAAGAAAUCAUCAUCAGUUCAUCUCGCCGCCGUGUAUGUAAUCACCAUGGCUGUACUGUAAAAAGGAAAUGAUGAUGAAGAAGUUUGUACAUAUACUCCUAUGUAAUCGAAUUGCAUCAAGUUGAUUCAA